GUGGCGCAUGGGUAGGCGGCGCAGGUGGCGCCUGCGCAGUGGGCUUCUCUGUGCGGGAAGAUGGUGCUGGUCAAGGAAUUCCGCGUGGUCCUGCCCUGCUCCGUGCAAGAGUAUCAAGUGGGGCAGCUUUACUCCGUUGCCGAAGCCAGUAAAAAUGAAACAGGCGGCGGGGAAGGGAUCCAAGUGCUGAAGAAUGAGCCUUAUGAGAAGGAGGGCGAAAAGGGCCAGUACACGCACAAGAUCUACCACCUGAAGAGCAAAGUGCCUGGUUUUGUGCGAAUGAUUGCUCCUGAAGGCUCCCUGGUCUUCCACGAAAAGGCCUGGAACGCGUAUCCGUACUGCAGGACAAUCGUAACGAACGAGUACAUGAAAGAGGACUUCUUCAUCAAGAUUGAGACGUGGCAUAAGCCGGACGUGGGGAACGCGGACAAUGUCCAUGAGUUGGACCCCAAUACGUGGAAGAGUGUGGAGGUUGUUCACAUUGACAUUGCGGACCGAAACCAAGUGGAACCCGGAGACUACAAAGCUGAUGAGGACCCAGCAUUAUUCCAGUCGGCCAAGACCAAGAGAGGCCCUUUGGGGACCAACUGGAAGAAGGAGCUGGCAGCUGAUGAGGACUGCCCGAAGAUGUGUGCCUACAAGCUGGUGACGAUCAAAUUUAAAUGGUGGGGAUUGCAGAACAAAGUCGAGAACUUCAUUCAGAAGCAAGAGAAGAGGAUAUUUACCAACUUCCAUCGGCAGCUCUUUUGCUGGAUUGACAAGUGGAUCGAUCUCUCGAUGGAAGACAUCCGGCGGAUGGAGGAUGAAACUCAGAGGGAGCUGGAAGCGUUGCGUAACCAAGGACAAGUGAGAGGGACGAGUGCUGCUAACGAUGAAUGAAGGCCCAUCCGCCCAGCCGUGCUGUCAGCACAGCGAUCCACACUUUGCACAUUCGGGCGUGCGUGCGCGCGCGCGCACACAGCAGCGAGUGCACGUGUCCGGAGGAGCCAAUACACUUUCUCCAGGGUACUGAAUCUCUUUCACAAAGGAAACAGCUUUCGUUACAUACACCUAAUGCAAACAAGCCCACCUCGUGUCAUUUAAGGGACGAGUAAGCAGUGGCAGUAGGUAGCGUUUCAUGCCGGUUUCUGCUGGACCAAAUUGCUCCCUCUUGCUUCAUUUUAUGCCCGCCUGAGCCCAGGAGCAGACUGGCCCUUGAACUGCAUAGCUCUCGGUGGGCUUCUUGGCUCAGCUUGCUCCAGAGCUCUCUGGGCCUCACAGUCUGCCCUGCUUGAGUCUCACCUCCCGCUGGAACUCCCCCCCCCCUUUUAUGCAAAUAGAUCGGCAGUUAAUUCCUCAUCUUGUGUUUUCCCCACAUGAUUUUGGAAUAAGAACUCUUAAUGUAUUUAUAGCUAUUUAUUUCUGGAUUGUCUUGCAAUCAAAUCAGAAAUGUUUCUUGUAGCAGUAGUCAGUUUUUGCUAUUGAGUGGGGUGGAGGGGACCAAGCCCAUCUGCUGCUGCAAAAGGGGGAAAAAAUCUGUUUUACUGGUAUUUUGUAUAUUGAAAAUGGAGCGCCUCUUCAUUAAAAUGGGCUAAAUAAGAGGCAGCUUGGUGAUUUGUCAGCAUCAUGAAUGGGCCAGCGGUGGGUGCUUUUCCAGCUUGGCCUGGCAGCCGGAGACAGUGGGCUUGCUCUCUGCUCCCACUUCAUCAUCGCAGAGUUGCUGUUUGUCAGCUGCACAGCUGCACCGUGCUGCACCAGACGGAGGAGGAAAUAGAAUGCGCAGAAAUAUGCUUCAUGAAGAGUUGUUGCUGUUCAGAUGUAAUUUUAACUUAGCAUUUUUCUGCUGUUGACUAGACAUAAGCCCUAGAAGUUGGUUGCUGGAAGACCUGGCGUAGAUUGUCUUAAAGAUUCCUUUUGUUCUUUUGAGAAGAGGGACUCGUACCCUGGAGGCAGCCUUUCCCACUGCUUGGUAGAGUAGCAACAGAGUCUUGGUGGAGCUCAGGCGAGUGGAGCCACUGGACUCCAGUGGCUCCAGUGGACUGGUGGAGGAGGGCGUGCCUUGGCCACUGAACCCAGUCAGCCUUGGCACCCGGUCGCAAAGCCCAGCGGAGUGGCAGGCGCCAGCUCCCCUCUCUCCUGGCCUGGGCAAGCAUUCCAGAGGGCUGAAGCCAGAGCCAUCAGGCAUGCGGAGCGGAGGGGGGGUCCGGGUUUCAAAAGGCCUCUCCACCUCCUCCUCUGCCAGGCGGCUCUUGACCUCGUGCCUGAGCUUUCAGGGGCGGCUUGCCUGUUCUUCCCACCAUCGGAAGAGAUCAACUUUGUAAAUAUAUAAAUAAUGGUUUUUAAGAGACUUGCUCAUCUAGCUGGUGCUCGUCCCUGAAUUCGAGACUCGUUUUUUCCAGGGCAGGAAUCGGCUCCUGUUGCCGCCUCCACCUGCAGAGGGAGGCUCUCCCAAAAUGACUCCACGCAGCCAUUGGGGGGGUGGGGGAAUUGUCUUCAAGCAUUGGGAAGGAACUUUGUCAUGAAUGUCAAACUUAGCUUCCUUCCGCAGUUUCUGGCCUAAAUCGCAUUAAGGAAAUUUAAAUAAAUUUGCUGAUAAAAUU